CCCUCCCAUCCUUUACUAUAAAACAUUACAACACACGCUUUCAGGAGUCCAAUUCAACUUAAACAACACUUUGAACGAGAUCACUGCGUAAAAAUAUGGCACACUAUGACGGUUCCUGUGAUGACUUUGAAGAUCUACUGACUAUACCUCUACACAACGACUACGGCAGUGGCAACGGGUUUGCCGAUUCGACUACAGGUGAAGUUCCACGCGAACCGAGUGUUGAACAGGUGAUCAUAGAUUUGACAGCCGAACACGAGGGGGACGAAGCGAUAGAACUUUCAGAUCCCUGGUGGGAGGAGGUGUUCAACGGUGAUGCUGCAGAGGUCCUGCCGCUAUACGAAAACUGUAUCGGGUGCAGCGAUUGCGAGCCAGGCUGUAGCAACUCACGCCAGAGCGGAUGGGGGCAAUCAUCCGGGGGUAGUGAUCAUAGCGCAUGCGCCGAUGAUGAGUCGGACUGGUCCGAGUCGCAGAUGAACGCUAGUGAUCAAGCCUUCGGGGUUGAUGACGACGAAUUACCAUCGAGUGGUCAACAGACACCAAACAGUAUUCAAGCUCCCAUCGAUGAAAACUUAUACGAACAGAUUGAAAAUCCUCAACCGGUUCAUGAAUUUGGCAACAGAAUACUGGAUCAAAUUGAACAGUUUAAAAACCAUUUUGACAAUCGUGACCGUGAGCUUCAUAGCAGAUUAGACACUUUCGACCGCAAACUUCAGCAGUUAGACGAUCGUGUACGUCAGAUUUAUGUUCAGCUGGAUGCUCAUGAUGGUGCUAUUCACUUGGGUCUAGAUAGACAGCGUUUAGCUAUAGAGGAAAUAGCUCGUGAUUUACGCCACCAAAUUCAAACUACCGACAAUUCAAUCGGUCGUUUGCACAACUUAACGCAAGAACAGAUAAGAGAAAGACGUCUAAUGUUCGAAGCCGUGUAUGCUAUGGUUUUCCCGAUAUUUUAUCCAUAGUGCAAAUUUUAUAAGACAUAGCAUUUUUACUCUACAUCCGAUGGUAUUUUACAUUUAUCUACCGCGUGUUUAAGAUAUUACCAUAUAUCUACCUCAUGUUUUAGCAUGUAUUUUGUUUUUAUCUAGCAUUUAUCUACCUCAUAUGUUUUUUGGUUUUAGCAUUUAUCUACAGCAUGUUUUAUCAUAUAUCUACCUCAUGUUUUAGCAAUCAUCUAUAGCAUGUUUUA